CCCAGCAGAGUCUGAAUGGACGACUUGUGUUCUCCGUCCUGCCCAGAGUCACGAAUCAUGCUGGUUGUCUGGGAGGAAAACAAAGCUUGAGACCCAAGAUGAAGGCAGAGAAGGAGGCUCCUUCAAAAGCUAAAAUAAUUUCCCAAAUAGUUCUGUUCAUGUGUCUCGGUUCCUUCAAUUCAGGUGGGGUGCUGGCAGUGAAUAUGACUAUCCCCAACACUCUCAUUAGAGGAACACUAGGGGGGGAGGCCCUGCUGUCUGUCCGUUACAAUAGCUUCAGCCUCGACCUGCCGGUCAUCAAGUGGCAGCUCAAGAGAGAAAAGUCCGUCACUGUUGUCCAGUCGAUUGGAACUGACAUCAUUGGGACCCUGAGGCCCGAGUAUCGUGACCGCAUCCUGGUAUUUGAGAAUGGGACUCUGCUUCUCCACAACCUCAGAAUCUCUGAUGACGGAAUUUAUGACGUGGAGAUCUCCAUCACAGAUGAUACCUUUACAGGAGAGGGCAGCAUCACGCUCACUGUGGAUGAGUCUAUAUCCAGGCCCUAUAUCCACAUGGAGGCUUUGUCAGUCCUGGAGCUCAGCGAAAACGUCGUCCUCAACUGCUCCCACGACAAUGGAACCAGGACUACAUACAGGUGGUUCAAAGGUGGAAAGCCGCUGACCAAUAUGACGAGGUUCGUGUUGUCCCCUGACCAGAAGUUCUUGACCAUCACACGAGUGUUGAUGGGAGAUGAUGACAUCUACAGCUGCGCAGUGGAGAAUCCUGUGGGCAAUAUGACAAGCCUGCCUAUCAGACUGACUGUCUACAGAAGAAGCUCUCUCUAUAUCAUCCUUUCCACGGGGGGCAUCUUCCUCCUCAUCACCUUGGUAACAGUAUGUGCCUGCUGGACGCCUUCCAAAAAGAAAAGACACCCAGCUAGAAAGCCUCUCACCCACUUUUAUGACCACGCUGAUCUCUCACCAAUCAAUCACACAGAUGAUGUGCUUCCAAAAAUGACAGCGCAUAAUGGAAUAAAAGCUGUAACUUCACUUUACAUCCUGCAGCAAAAGGAUCCCUCCAUGGAUGACUCCUCCAGCAACAGUAUUGGAUCUCCAUCUUCUGAGCUUGACAACCCACCAUGCUAUACCAGUGGCCCCAACUACACCGGCUCUCUUACCCAAUCUAAUGGGUCCCCUGCCUGCUCCUCCCACAGCUAAUCCUGAACGCCCAUCAGUUUAAACUCUCCACAUCGCAAGUGGAAGGUCAGACCGUCUUACUGUAUCCUGACUCUGGGUGGCAACUUGCUGCACAUCUGCCCAGAGUUUGGGAAAUAUCUCAAAACCAUUUUCUGGGUUUUUAAAAUAAUGUCACUACUGCCUGUGAUCAGUGUCCAAAAUUAACUUUUGGACUCUCCGGCCAAGUUGGCGGGUAGAUGAAAAAAAAUCUACCGGCCAAGCAUAUUUUUACCAGCCAAAAUAUUAAAUUGCAUUUGUUUUUGUAACGUACAUCACACAAUUGUCUGGUUGCGGUUAUAAGUCCUGCUGGUUUAUCUUCCGUUUUCAUCGUACUUUCUUUUGGAAGGCUGGCUGAUCUUGCCAAAAAUCGCCACAUUCUGGCUAAUUAAUUAGCCCGUGGUAAAUGCUAGCUAUCAGUAAACAGAAGUGACCUGUUGGCUCUCGUUCCGGUGUUUGCAUCAGUGUAUGUUUUUUUUGUGUGUGUGUGUGUGUGUGUGUGUGUGUGUGUGUGUGUGUGUGUG